GGGGGCCUGGCCCCGAGCGGCCAAUCAGAGCCGGGGCAAGCGGCGGGAGAGACCGAUAGACUGGAGAAGGAGGGGGGGAGACCCCCCCCCCGGCCCCGCUCCGCCUCCCGCUUGGCGGGCUCCCCCUUUAAAACGGGGCCACCGCCCCCCUGCGAGCGGCACCCGGACGCUUGGGUCCUUUCUGCACUGUACGCAUGAUGCCCGCGCCGUACACCCGACUCCUGGGGCAGGGUGCCCGCUUCCUGCGGUGCUGGUGGGGGGCGCCGGUCCGGUCGGCCCAUGCCCUGCGAGUGCCGAGCGGGGACCUGGGCCGGCUCCCAGGCCGGCUGCGGGCGUUCGUGGAGCACGGGGUGCGGCUGUGCCAGCCCGAAAACGUUCACGUCUGUGACGGCUCUGAGGCUGAGAACGAGGCCAUCCUGGGGCUGCUGGAGGAUGAGGGCGUCAUCAAACAGCUGGACAAAUAUGAGAACUGCUGGCUGGCCCGGACGGACCCCAAGGACGUGGCGCGGGUGGAGAGCAAGACAGUGAUCGUGACGGAGAACCAGCGAGACACGGUGCCCAUCCCCGCUGGGGGCGCCAAGGGGCAGCUGGGCAACUGGAUGGGCCCCAAAGCCUUCCAGGAGGCCGUGGACGGCCGGUUCCCCGGCUGCAUGAAAGGCCGCACCAUGUACAUCAUCCCCUACAGCAUGGGCCCCAUUGGCUCCCCACUCUCAAAGAUCGGGGUGCAGCUGACGGACUCCCCCUAUGUGGUGGCCAGCAUGCGGAUCAUGACCCGGAUGGGGGCCCCCGUCCUCCGUGCCCUAGGCGAGGGGGAGUUUGUCAAGUGCCUCCACUCUGUGGGGCGCCCCCUGCCCCUGGAAGAGGACCUGGUGAACAACUGGCCCUGCAACCCCGAGAAGACCCUGAUCGCCCACGUCCCCGACAGGCGGGAGAUCGUCUCCUUCGGCAGCGGCUAUGGUGGGAACUCGCUGCUGGGGAAGAAAUGCUUCGCCCUGCGCAUUGCUUCCCGCAUCGCCAAGGACGAGGGGUGGCUGGCCGAACACAUGCUGAUCCUGGGCAUCACCAACCCCGAGGGGCGGAAGAAGUACGUGGCAGCUGCAUUCCCCAGCGCCUGCGGGAAAACCAACCUGGCCAUGAUGAACCCCACGCUGGCGGGCUGGCGGGUGGAGUGCGUCGGGGACGAUAUCGCCUGGAUGAAGUUUGACAGCGAGGGCCGGCUGCGGGCGAUCAACCCCGAGAACGGGUUCUUCGGAGUGGCACCGGGCACCUCCAUGAAGACCAACCCCAACGCCAUGCACACGAUACAGCGUAACACCCUCUUCACCAACGUGGGCGAGACCAGCGAGGGGGGUGUCUACUGGGAGGGCAUCGACCAGGUCCUGCCCCCCGGCACCUCCGUCACCAGCUGGCUGGGGCGGCCCUGGGCACCGGGUGCCAAGGAGCCGUGCGCCCAUCCCAACUCCCGGUUCUGCGCCCCGGCCCGCCAGUGCCCCAUCAUGGACCCGGCCUGGGAGUCCCCCGAGGGCGUCCCCAUUGACGCCAUCAUCUUCGGCGGGAGGAGACCCCAAGGGGUGCCCCUGGUCUACGAAGCCUUCAACUGGCGGCACGGCGUCUUCGUGGGCAGCGCCAUGAGGUCCGAGUCCACCGCCGCUGCCGAACACAAAGGCAAGGUGAUCAUGCACGACCCCUUCGCCAUGCGCCCCUUCUUCGGGUACAAUUUUGGGCGCUACUUGGAGCACUGGCUGGGCAUGGAGGAGCGGCGCGGGGUCCGUCUGCCCAAGAUCUUCCACGUCAACUGGUUCCGCAAGGACGCGGCCGGCAACUUCCUGUGGCCAGGCUUCGGGGAGAACUCGCGGGUGCUGGACUGGAUCUUCCGGCGGGUGGAAGGGGAGGAGAGCGCGCGGGAGACGCCCAUCGGCUAUGUGCCCCGGGAAGGGGCCCUUGACCUCCAGGGCUUGGCCAAGGUGGACUUCCAAGAGCUCUUUUCCCUGCCCAAGGCCUUCUGGGAGCAGGAGGCGCUGGAGGUGCGCAAGUACCUGACCGAGCAGGUCAACGACGACCUACCCCGGGAGGUGAUGAGGGAACUCGAGGGGCUGGAGAGCCGGGUGAAGAAGAUGUGAGGGGGGGCAGGGAGGCGGCCUGCCAAAAACACGGCCCUCGUGGAGUUUGUUUACAUAGCAUUCCCCCGCCUUGCCCAAUGCCGCUGCUAUCUCAGUGCCUUGCUGCAAGUCAGCUGUCAUCUUCCCUUGACGUGGGUUGGCCAUCUUCUUCUCUUGACCGUGGUUCCGCUAUCUUGUUUGCUUGAGGAGUCAGCCAUUUUGUUCCCUUAAUCAUGGUUCCACCAUUUUCUUCCCUCAAUGUGGGUUGGCCAUCUUCAAUUGACAUAGGUUGGCCAUUUUCUUUCCUUGACUGUGGUUCCACCAUCUUCUUCAACUGACAUGGGAAGGCCUUCUUGUUUCCUUGACACGGAUUGGCCGUUUUGUUUCCGUGACGAUGUCCACCAUCUUGGUUCCUGGAUGUGGGCUGCCUAUUUUUCUCCUCUUGACCAUGGUUCUGCCAUCUUGUUUCCGUGCCCAUGAGUCAGCCAUCUUGUCCCCUUGAAAGGUUGACCUUCCUUCCAGCCAGAUUUUAAUAUAAUCACUUGUGAGGUUGGAACAACCCAGCUGGGUUUCGCCAUCGGGUCCAGCUCUUCACACAAACCAGGGCCUCAGCAUCUACCGCCAACCCUGUCCUCCGUAAACCCAACAUCAGCCAGCACAUGAAUGCAAACCUAGCAUCCUCCAGGCUUAGCUCUGACGGUAAGGCUUAUUUUAACCAUGAUCUGUGCCCCCGUUGCAACACUAAAAAGGAACCACCGUCCAUGGCUGGAUCUCUCAACCGCACUGACCGUUAGCCACUCUUAACUCAACCCAAGCCCAGUUCCUAAGCAGUAUUACAAUAAAUCAACUCAGGAUAUGCCAGACCUCUCCAUCACCACCCAUCCUCACCCCAGUGCUCAACGCCCCUCCCCAGGUGGGACGCCGGCCAAAUUCUCAACUCUGCCGACCCAUCAUCUAACCACACCAGGACACCCCGUCCCUUUCUCUUUAAGCCCUGAGUCCCACCUCAAACUGGAACCCCCCAAACCCCCGUCUUCCCCCUGAAUCCUCAAUCGGUUCUUCCAGCUGCACCAGCCCUCCCUCCCGGUGGGCUCUCACCGUCAAGCUGAGGUGAGCUUAGCAACCCCCACCCCUCUUCUUCCUUUCCAGUGCUUGGCCCCGGGCCUGCCCCUCUAACGGAUCCUCAGGAAGAUUUUUGCCUUCAAUGCAGGGCGGGACGGCUCCCGGUGAUGGAGACAGGGAAGGGGGGUGAACUGGGGCGGACGACAGCUGGUAUUUCCCGGGCGCAGGCUGGGCCGAAGUGGGGGCGGGAGCAGAAGCGACGUGGGGUUCAGCGCUGGGGUUCUUGGUACUACACAAUGGGCUUUUGUUACUAAUCACUGUUAAUGAGACACGAGUGUCAAACAAUAAAAGGAUCUGAAGGAC